ACUGCCCUAAAAACCUAGAGUAGAGGCUGCGACUUGUACCGAACCUACGCUGCCUGCCAGUAGAAUCCAUUAGUUUGUAUUUACCGCUCACUAAUAGGUAGUGCGCAGUGGAGCGGUCACAUGGUAUAAUCACAUGUCCGUGACGUCACGGAGGAUAGGAACUAGCCGCUACUAUCGUAACAAUGGAGAAAAUGGCGGAGUAAGGAAAGGUCUGGGCGGAGGAAGCCGGAAUCUAGCAGAGACCGGAGCGAACGGCCUCUCCCCGUGGUAUGUGGAAGCUGACGGUAGCGAAGCGGGAUUCACGUUGGACAACAUCAUCAUUGUAUCCAUUCAUCAUCAUGGAGAGUGCGGAUUCCACCGGAAAAGGGAGCACUGAACAGUCCGAGUCUCAGCGCCAAAGCCAGAUGGACAGGCUAGAUCGAGAGGAAGCUUUUUAUCAGUUUGUAAAUAACUUAAAUGAUGAGGACUACAGACUAAUGAGAGAUAACAACUUAUUGGGGACUCCAGGGGAAAUUACUAAAGAGGAAUUGUUGCAAAGGCUUCAGCAAAUCAAAGAAGGGCCACCACAGCCAAGUACAGAAGAAACAAGAGGCGAUUCUGUCUCCACAGGUGAGGACCCUGCAGAGGAUUCAUCCAAUGGAGAUUCCAUAAUAGACUGGCUGAAUUCAGUGCGACAGACUGGGAACACAACACGAAGUGGUCAGAGAGGCAAUCAGUCCUGGAGGGCAGUGAGCAGGACAAAUCCAAACAGUGGGGAUUUCAGGUUUAGUUUGGAAAUCAAUGUGAAUCGUACUUCUGGCACCGCAAGCAUGCCUUCGCUUGACCAAUCGGCUGAAAUGCCUGGGCCUGAGGAUAUGGAAGUGAGUAGUCAGGGUGAGGCUGAGAAUGUACCUGAACCUGAAACUGUACCUGAAUCUAUACGUGAACCUGAAUCUGUAGAUGAACCUGUAUCGGUAGCUGAACCUGUAUCGGUAGCUGAACCUGUAUCGGUAGCUGAACCUGAAUCGGUAGCUGAACCUGAAUCUGUAGCUGCAUCUGUACCUGUACCUGAAUCUGUACCUGAACCUGAAUCUGUACCUGAACCUGAAUCUGUACCUGAACCUGAAUCUGUACCUGAACCUGAAUCUGUACCUGAACCUGAAUCUGUACCUGAACCUGAAUCUGUACCUGAACCUGAAUCUGUACCUGAACCUGAAUCUGUACCUGAACCUGAAUCAAUAGCUGAACCUGAAUCAAUAGCUGAACCUGAAUCUGUACCUGUACCUGAAUCUGUACCUGUACCUGAAUCUGUACCUGUUGCCACAAGGCCAGCACCAGUAGAGGUGACAGUAGAGGAAGCUCCAAUACAGAGGGGGCAAAGGAGGGCCAGAAGCAGGAGUCCGGAUCAGCGCAGGACGCGAGCUAGAACCGAUAGAAGCAGAUCCCCUCUAUAUCAAACUGUUGAUCCACCUAUUCGAAGGGCUCAGCAUAGUUCAUCACAGACUGUUGAUGCUUCCAAUACAGAAGAAGCAGAGGGUAGCUCUAGGACUAGGCACCAUGUUAGUUCUCAAGUGCACAGCUCUUCAUCAAAUGAAACAGAGGGUAGUUCUAGAACUAGACAGCAUAUUACAGCCAGACAACAAGCUCUUGGGACUGAAGGUCAGAGCCAAAGCACUGUUCAUCUGUCAAACCCCGAGUCAAGAAGCUCUUCCCAAACUCCUCAGACAGACUCCCCCAGUAAUGCAGAGACUACAGGUACCGGGCAGAGGCCUCCCACCAUUGUGCUAGAUCUGCAAGUAAGGCGCGUGCGCCCAGGUGAUUACAGGCAGAGAGACAGCAUAGCUAACCGGACACGUUCACGCUCUCAGACUCCCAACAACACUGUCACAUAUGAGAGCGAGAGAGGAGGAUUUCGUCGCACUUUCUCGCGGUCUGAACGUGCCGGGGUUAGAACCUAUGUAAGUACCAUCCGAAUUCCAAUCCGAAGAAUCCUGAACACUGGGCUCAGUGAGACCACAUCUGUAGCCAUCCAGACAAUGCUGAGGCAAAUAAUGACUGGCUUUGGGGAACUCAGCUACUUCAUGUACAAUGAUAACGACGCUGAUCCUAACAACCCCACAGCAGUAUCUCCUCCUGCAGCAGUUCCUGGUGAAGUACAAAACAACCCAAGCGCAGAGGUCAGAGCUCCUAUUGCUGAGCCUGCAGAACCUGUUGCUCCAGUGGAAAGUGAUGAAGGCAGCAAUGUUGCAACAUCUGCAACCAGGAGGGAGGGUCGCAAUAGCAGAGGUGGUGUCACUUUGGAAGAAAGCGGAUCUCUACCUUUUCUUAGUCUGGCCCAGUUUUUCCUGCUUAAUGAGGAUGAUGAUGAUCAGCCAAGAGGACUCACCAAAGAGCAAAUCGACAACCUGUCCACCCGAAAUUAUGGUGAAAAUGAUGCCCUGAAAACCUGUAGCGUGUGCAUAACAGAAUAUACAGAAGGGAACAAGCUGCGCAAACUGCCUUGUUCCCACGAGUACCACAUCCACUGUAUUGACCGCUGGUUGUCCGAAAAUUCUACCUGUCCCAUCUGUCGCCGAGCAGUCCUGGUUGCAGGCAACAGAGAGAGCAUUGUGUAAAUCCUUUAAUAUAAACUCUUAGUUACGCCUCUGGCGUUUCCAGAGCCUGGGAAGGGUCGUGGAGUAGAGACGGGGGGGGGGAUAUGCUUUUUAUGACCACUUUUUGAGUGGUGCUUUAAAUUAGGUUUUUGGCUUGGAGUGAGUUGUCCUGUUUGAUUACACAUAUUUCAUUUUCCUUCUGCAUUCAAUUGUGUUAAUGAAAUGUGUGACAGUUCACCAAACAAGUGAAUGGCCUGUCUAAGGACAUGUAUUCCUCCACCACCUGAACAUGUAUUAAGCAAGGACAAUUGUUUCCCCCCAGCAGUUUUUAACUUUCAGUGCUGGAAUGAUACGAGGACAUGAACUUGCCGCCUGGAUCGAUGUUUGCAUCCCUCACCCAAGUUUUCUUUUAAGUAAACUGUUUCUAGUCGCAAGAGCUGCUUUAAAUGUACAUGUAUACGAUUUUAUGUGUAUUUCUCCCCGCAUCAGUGUUUUUUUUUUUUUUUGGAAUGAAAGUGUUUACUUCAACGGUGUUCUGUGGCCAUAUAUCCUAGCACAGAACUGUAAAUAUGCACAGAUAUUCACUGUUUUAUAUAUUCAUUUCCUUGUGUAUUCAUGUAGCUCUACGCCCCCAACCCCACCGUGACAUACACUCACAAUUCAACAUAAGCAAGAAAAAGUCCUUUGUGCCCUUAAAAGUACAAGAAGCUGAAUAAACUCAGAUCAGAAUUGACUGAAGACUAAAAGCGUUGCACUUAUUAGUUAUUGGCUGCAGACUAAGUGUAAUUUUUGUGUUACCCAUAAUGCUUUCAGUGCAAGCAGCACCUUCACAUCCAAGGCAUUUGGAGCAUUAUAUCUGUCAAAUUGUGACCCAUGGGUUCAUCCUGCAAAUGUAGAUUUGAAUCAUGUGGAAAAAGGUUUUUUUUUUCUUUUUUAAGUCUAAAUGUUUUAAGGUUGGCAUUUAACCCCUCUAAUGAUCCCCCCUCCAUUUCUAUAUUUAGUUAAAAUGUAAUUAUGGUAAGAUACAUACCCAACGUAAUCUUCCAGUGUGUCUACAUGUUAAGCUUCACUUUGAGUAUCGAUACACAGCGUGGGCUUAUUAAAAUAGAGUCCCAACCCCAGUCUGGGUCCCCUGCUGGACGAAACCUUAAAGGGAUUUCAGUUUUUUGUUUUUUUAAGAGACUGAGGCUUUGUACGCUAGCAAACAAUGUAUAUGUGGUGUUCGGUGGCUUGGUGUUCUGCCUUGCUUCAAGGUUCAUCCUAUAUCACAAAAGUGGGCAAGUCCAACUUUUUCCUGAAGGGGAUCUGCUCUUCCUUCCAGCACUGAAAGGGUGCAGAGGUGGCAAAUCUGUAAAAUAAAGUUUGUAACCAAUGGCAGCAUAUACACACAAUCUCUCUCUAUCUCCCCCCCCCCCCCCCCCCCGUAGGUCUUUUGCUCUUUCUCUCACACUCUUGGGGUUCAAGCACACGGGCAGAUUCGUGAGGCAACUUCUGAAAUCGAAUCGCCGCGAGUGCAUUGGCGCUGGCGUUUUCGCAUUAUAGCUGGGGGAAGGCAGUUUUGUGAGAUUGUCGCCCCGCAGAAGAGGUGACUAGUCGCCAGGCGACUAAAUCUCCCCGAAUCUGCCUGUGUGCUAGCUCCCUUUCACUCUCUAUCUCUGACUCUGCCGUAGGUCUUUGUUUUUUUCUUUCUCUCACACUCUAUCUCACACACUCUCUCUCUCUCUCUAUGUCACUCUCUGCCGGCUCGCCAUAGGUCUUUGUGUAAAUAAACAAAGAAUCUCAUUCUGUAUGUCGGAAGGCUCAUCGGUGACAUACUGUAGCAAUUUGCUGAUUCAGUUAAAUUCGGGAUAUUUAUCUUGUGAAAUAUAACAAAUGUCUAUGCUUGUUGAAUAAAAAAAAAAAAAUCACUGUUUAAAACGUA